ACGCGCACACUCACGCGCGCAACGUAGAGUAUUUCCGAGUGGGUUUCUGCCGUCCGGCCUCCUUCUGCUCUCUUCUGUCGUCUCUGCCGGGUCUCUCAGCCUGCCCACCGAGCUUCAUCUGCCCGCUGCUGCUCUCCGCGAUUUUCUUCUUACCGGUGAAUAAACCUCCAAGACCGUCAAAAUGGCCAGCAGAGGAACUGUGCAAGCCAGUGGAAACUUCAAUGCCAGUGGAGAUGCUGAGGUUUUGUACAAGGCCAUGAAAGGGCUGGGAACCGAUGAGGAUGCCAUCUUGCAGCUGUUGACGGCUCGCAGCAACACCCAGAGGCAGGAGAUCAAGGCUGCCUACAAGACUCUGUUUGGAAAGGAUCUGGUGGAUGACCUGAAGGGAGAGCUGGGUGGCAAAUUUGAGACCCUGAUCGUGGGUCUAAUGACCCCACCCAUCAUUUACGAUGUGACAUCCCUCCGCAACGCCAUCAAGGGGGCAGGAACAGAUGAGAAGGUCCUGGUGGAGAUCCUGGCCUCCAGAACACCUCGGCAGGUGAAGGACAUCAUUGCUGCUUAUAGACAGGAGUAUGAUGACGACCUGGAGGAGGAUGUAUGUGGUGACACUUCAGGUCACUUCCAGAGACUUCUGGUGAUUCUGCUGCAGGCCAACAGGCAGACGGGGAUCCAGGAGGGAAAUAUCGAGAGUGAUGCUCAGGUCCUCUUCAAGGCGGGAGAGGAGAAGUUUGGCACUGAUGAGCAAACAUUUGUCACCAUCCUGGGAAACCGCAGUGCAGAGCAUCUUAGGAAAGUAUUCGAUGCCUACAUGAAGUUGUCUGGAUAUGAGAUAGAGGAGAGCAUCAAGAGGGAAACAUCUGGAAAUCUGAGAGAUCUGCUUCUGGCCGUGGUGAAGUGUGCCAGGAGCGUUCCAGCCUAUUUUGCGGAGACCCUGUACUAUGCAAUGAAGGGUGCAGGAACUGAUGACAACACCCUGAUCAGAGUGAUGGUGAGUCGCAGUGAGGUGGACAUGUUGGACAUCAGAGUUCACUUCAGGAGGAUGUUUGCCUGCUCUCUGUUUUCCAUGGUCAAGGGAGACACCGGCGGUGACUACCGAAAGGCCUUGCUUUUGCUCUGUGGUGGAGACGAUGCGUAACAAUAGCAAUAGCAACAAGCAAUAGCACAAACCACACCUAAAGUGCCUCUUCUUCAAGUUAGCCCUGUGGCCCGUCGGCUCACUAACACAAAGUCAGAAAUCAUCACAAUGAAAACUUUGGGAGAGAGACAGAGAGACGGGCCAUCGGGGUCUUUUAAACUAUGAGUCCAGACAAUGUGUUUGAAGGGUAGCUAACAUUUUGUUCAUGUCCACAUUAAUGCAGCUUUUUGACUAACAUCUUCAUUAUGAUUUAAUAUUAUGUUAUUGAUUUGUUGUGGUAAAGUAUCAGACCACAGUUUUUCUGUUUGCACUUUGUAUGGCAAAAACAAAAUAUGCAAUAAUAAACAUUUCAGCUGAUGAAGUUCAAUGAUAAAA